ACAACACUUUUCAGUUAAAACAAUUUCUGACUUUAUUCUGGAGCUCCCACCUUUACCAAAACCUAGUUGGACAAUCUUUAGCAAUGCUGUAAAUCAACCUCCAUUUCCUAGUACAGUUCAAAUA